AUGAAUGACGAGUGCCAGGAGCCCACUGAUUAUGAAUACUCGAAUUACCAUGUCAAGUGGCUUGGGAAAAACUACAAGCUAGGCGAUCCAACGCAUGCAACGGCCCUGGAUGCGGAUCUCGAAGGCUUUGCUAGGCAGGAGCAUCUUCGCGCGAAGGCAGCGAUACACAGCCAAUCUAUGACAAGUGCCCGCGCCCUUUGUGCAUUUCAUGGUUAUGGAAGAGACUCUGUGUGGCCACCAGCUGACCCUGGAAGGCCCACCCAAGACCUUUUGGAAGAAUUGAGGCGUGUUAACCAGUUUGUUCAGUCGGAAUGGUCGAGACUGAAUGAACUCGUGGUCCGCAAAGAGCGAGAGAUCCAGGAGAUCAUCAUAAAUCUCACUGAUGGAAAAGUCAGAGACCAAGAUGGAAAGAUUCUAUGCAUUCAAGACUGCCUGGAGCAAAGCUGGGAAGAGACCAGAAAUGUUUUCAAUGCCGAAUAUACCAAAAUCCGUUCAGAGUCAAGACCUAUUUACAUGGAGAGUGAUUUCAGCCUGGAUCCCGAAGGCCAUAUCAAUCCCAACCAUUCAAGUGAUCUCGACGAGUUUGCCCAUGAAUAUCUCUGUAACAUCAGAGUCAACUUCCACUGGAUAAACAACGGUGAACCGAUGAGGAUCGAGGAAAAGAGACAGUACCCAAUCUAUCGCAGUAAGGCCAACUAUCGUGACAACAGGCAGGCUAUGGAAGACGCUAUCAUGGACGAUGUCAAGUUCCGAAAUUUGAGGAAACCGAGUCCAGAACUUGCAGAAGACGACUCUGAACCAGUCGGAUAUAACUUCGAAGUUGAAGAUGCACUGCGAAAGCAAAGAGCUCGUUUCUUGGUCUCGCACAUCAACAAGGAGGAUCUUUCUAUCCCACUCAAUAUGCUCAUGUUCAUCCACUAUCGGGCACGAAUUCACCCCAUGGACUUUGCUUUCCAAGAUAACAAUCGUAUGCAUCUAGGAAAGCAGUCACAUGUUUUGUCAGGCGCUUGCGAUCCUUCGUUUUAUGUCGUAUUUGUCUCGGUAAAAGACCGUGAGCACCAAAAUCCACACCAACGAGCUUGGUGCGAACCUAUGAUCUUUUCCAAGCAUUCGCCCGAGAUAGAUGAGAACAGGUUUGAGGACUUGCAAUCUGCCGGGCGGAUGUUCGGUAGCAUGGAAGCAUGGCUUAUACUGCAGUCCCAAGCUAUUACAUACCUCUUCUUGGCUACUUUCUGCAGACAGAUGCUAGAUCUGGCAAAGCAUGAGCUGAUUACGGGCCACACUGACCGACUCAGCAAAAAGGAAAUCCUGGAAAUCAAGGUUCCAGCAAUACAAAAGAUCAACAUGCUGAAAGGAAAGAAGGGAACCGAAACAAUGCAAGACAUCGCAUCGAUUCGACAAUAUGAACCAAACAGCACUGGGUUCGACCUACAAAGGUAUCGCACUAAGCUCAAGGAAAAAAGUGCGGCGGCUGAAGAACACAUCAAGAAUCUUUUUGACGACCCUGCCUACCUGACCAAAUACAUCGUGGAACAAAAGGAUCAUUAUUGGACUAAUAUUGUCGAAGACUCAACGUAUCUGCCCAAUGAGUACUUUCAGAAAUACCAUGAGGAAGAAUCGCGCCACGUACUAUAUCGAAGUUGCAUGAGAAGUGUACUGAGAAGAGCCUUUUUUGAGUUCUUCAUAUGGGAAGCCAUUACAAAUGCCUUGGAAGAUUUCGAGACCUUCGAACGGGAGACACUCAAAGAACCACCCGAGAUGGAAGAAUUCGAGUACUUUAGAAGGACAGCUGCACCUAGGCCUCAUGUUUCUAAAGAACUUGGUUCCUAUACAACAAAAUAUCUUCAAAUUCGGGAGUUGAUCCUGCACGCCGCGGCUUUCUUCAUCUUCGCAUUCCGUAAAGAAGCAAUCCAUGCCGCUUCUGAGUCCAUGCGCUAUACCUACCUUAACACUAAAAGGCCGGAUUACCGGCCGGAUUGGUUGAUCAGAGAAUUCUAUGAUAGCGAAGACAUUAUGCUUGACUUACAAGAAAAGGCUUUGCAUAGUGACCGAGGGGGAAAACAUCGCAUCGUGGCUGAGCUUAUUGAGAACUUCAUCUCGAAUAAGCAUUCCUCCAUGUAUGUCGGCAUUCGGAAGACUACGGAUAAAGUAAAGAGGCAUAUUGAAGCCCACAACCGCGAGGCUGAGCCAGAAGACAAGUUCUCAAACCUGAUCAGCCAAACAAUUGACGGUUUGGAUUUGCUCGCCGAUGUGGCAGAGCAUCUGGAGCUUAUACCUGGUAUGUUCCGCAAAUCUAACGAAUGGACUAAAGAGUCAGAGGAAGACGACCGUGAGAGGGUAUCUAGGAUGCUCCAGGAGCUUUCAUCAUAUGACCUUCUCGCGCUCGACAAUUGUGAUUUCCGAGACAAACACGUCCCUGCUAAACGGACACAUCGAAUAUUCCGCUUUCUCGACGAACUCCAAGGAUUUGACGUCAAAGAAAAGGAGAUGAGCUAUGGCAAGGCGAAGGGUGACAUCAAGCGCUUUGGUGCAUCUCUUCUUCAGGGGCUCAUAUAUCCAUUGAAUGAAAAGAAGAAUGAGCUUAUAUAUCGGCACAGAACAUGGGGCAUAAGGAUCAGACCAGGUUAUGGCAGAGGGAAAGUAUUCCCAGCAAAUGGGCGGGCACUCGAGCGUCUGACGAAAUGCAUGGGAAUCACCAGGGAGCAGUUCAUCUUUGCCGAUACCGAACCCCCUCUCGAUCUCGAUGCCCAAGGAUCCAGCCGCAUACAGAAGACCUCUGGAAAGGACAGGAAAGGCACAUCGGAAGUAUGGCUAGCCCUCAAGGAAGCUAUGACGAAACAUCGGCAAGAGCAAAAGAAGAAGCUGGGAUAUUACAAGAAGCACAAUAAAGACAAGAUCAGGGCACUGAAGCCGUCCGACACAUACAGGGUCAGCAAGGACAACAAGGGAAAGGCACCUGUACGAACAAUGGAGAAGCAAGUGGCAGAAGAGAUGGAGGCGGGCGACGAUGUAGAAAUGGAGGACGUGGGCUUUGUAGUUUCACCCAUGAUCGAACAAACUCAACUACCCAAUGUACCCCGGGAUAUAUUCAAUGCUCGGCCGCCCCGUGUGCGUCCUCAGAGCAACUAUAGGCCUCCAAAGCCAGAGCCGGCACGCCGUGCCGAACCUGUUCUGGGCACUACACUGGCACCGGACGGACUCCCCAAGAGAGAAAUCAACAAGCAUGCAUGGGAGACACUGAGGUCACUCACGUUGCGGAAAAUAACAUACACCAACGCUCAGGGCAAAAAGGUUACAGAAGAACUGCCAGCAGUGAGCUCGAACGAUGUUGAUACAACAUUUCGCGUCGAGCUCGGGUUUCGUCUGGAAUUUGGGAAGGGUCGGCACCGCAAGUUCAUUUGGACUGAGAAUUGUAUAUUGCCACAAUGGAGUGUGUUGAAGAAUUUCAACUUCAACCCUGACAAACAUGCGGCAAAAAGCUCGGUCUUGACACAGGAGACAAUGAAGAAUCGGAGCUUAUGUUUGGAGGAUGCUGGAAUUACUUGGCCCUUUGUAAAGCAGUGGUUGAUACAGAAGAAGGAGAAGAAAGAGGCGGAGGAAAAGCAGAAGGAGUAGAACAAGGAGAAGGAAGAGGAAGAGGACAAGGAGACAUAGGAUGUUGGAUUCCAAGAGGCUGUUGGAAAGUUACCUGUACCUGUUCUUCUUUCCCCCCCGUAUUUCUUUUAUUACUUGUGUUUGUUUGCCUUUUGUUGUGUCUCGUUCUCAGUCACAAAUGUGAUCGAAC